CUGUAACUCACAGUACAAACUGCUUGCUCAGUUCGCACUUCUUGGCUUGUAUGCUACAGGACGUGUCUGGCUUGAGCUUCAAGAAACAUUACGUGGGAGAAAAAAUGGCUAGUACUUUCUCGCGCCUCCUUGCUGGACGGAAAACAGCUAUUCUCUUUGCAACAGUGAGCACGGGUGCCUUGACCACUGGAUACUUGUUAAAUCAGCAGAAUGUUAAAGCUGGAUUCCUUGGGAGACAAAAACUGUUUCCCCCAAGCGCAGACUAUCCUGAUCUUCGUAAACACAACAAUUGUAUGGCUGAGUGCCUCACACCAGCAAUCUAUGCCAAACUGAGGGACAAGAUGACUCCCAGUGGUUAUACGCUGGAUCAGUGCAUACAGACUGGCGUUGACAAUCCUGGCCACCCUUUCAUUAAAACAGUGGGCAUGGUCGCUGGAGAUGAAGAAUCUUACGAGGUAUUUUCUGAUAUUUUUGAUCCAGUGAUCAAAGUCAGACACAAUGGCUAUGAUCCAAAACUCAUGAAACACCACACAGAUCUGGAUGCCUCCAAGAUCACACAAGGGCAAUUUGAUGAACGCUAUGUCUUAUCAUCCCGUGUACGUACUGGUCGUAGUAUUCGGGGACUGAGCCUACCUCCUGCCUGUUCUAGGGCUGAAAGGAGAGAAGUAGAAAAUGUUGUAGUCACUGCUUUGGCUGGACUGAAAGGAGAUCUUGCUGGAAAAUAUUACAGCUUGACUACUAUGUCAGAGAAAGAGCAACAACAGCUUAUUGAUGACCAUUUCCUGUUUGAUAAACCAGUGUCCCCUUUGCUUACAUGUGCUGGGAUGGCCCGUGAUUGGCCAGAUGCCAGAGGAAUCUGGCACAACAAUGACAAAACAUUUCUUGUCUGGAUUAAUGAAGAAGACCACACCAGGGUGAUUUCCAUGGAAAAGGGAGGAAACAUGAAACGAGUCUUUGAAAGAUUUUGCCAUGGAUUAAAGGAGGUUGAAAGGUUAAUUAAAGAACGAGGCUGGGAGUUUAUGUGGAAUGAAUGCCUUGGAUAUGUCUUGACCUGUCCUUCAAAUCUGGGAACAGGAUUACGUGCAGGAGUUCAUGUCAAGCUUCCAAAGCUUAGUAAGGAUCCUCGAUUUUCAAAGAUCCUGGAAAACUUGAGACUUCAAAAGCGAGGCACUGGAGGUGUAGAUACGGUUGCUGUAGCAGAUGUAUAUGAUAUCUCCAACCUAGACCGCAUGGGCCGAUCAGAGGUGGAACUUGUUCAGUUAGUCAUUGAUGGUGUCAAUUAUAUGGUUGACUGUGAGAAGAAGCUGGAAAAAGGUCAAGACAUCAAGAUUCCUCCACCACUGCCACAGUUUGGAAAGAAGUGAAGCUGUUCCCAAUGAUUAUUUACUGACCUGCAACGUAUCUGUUUUGACAGAUUAUUAACUCUGUAUAUUCAGUUCCUAAAACCCUCCCCACAACUGGAAAUAAAUUUUGCCUAACAGAGAAAUAACAAGAACCUGGCAACAUUUUUAAUAAAAGCUGCUCAACACCUUAAAUGUUGCAUGCCUUUGCAACAGCUCUUCGAAAGGAUAUGGCUUAACACUGAAACAGUCCAACUGAGAGUAUUAUACAGGCAUAACUAAGCUGUAAACCUCUGCACAGUCAGCAGCAAAGCAGAAAACAAACAAUACCAGAAGAAACUAGAGACCAUAUAGGAGCACUGAUAGGCUCCUGCCCUCCAUUCUACUUUCACCUGCUUUCACACAUGCUAAAUAAUGCACUUUGCAAUGGGAUUUUAUUGUGUGAAAUGGCAAAAUCCAAUUGCAAACAAUUGCUAAAGUGGAUUAAAAGUCCAUUACUCAGCAUGUGUGAAAGUGGGAGUGUUUGCCAAUCAGUAGCAAGGGAGAGAGCAAAUAUUUGCUAUUCAUCAACAAAGAUGGCUCUUCUGCGUAUCGUAUUCGCAGGUACAUACUGGGAGUUUACAUACAUUUGGGGGAUGGAGGCCAAAGUUACUACAUAUUGGUUUUCUCUUUAAGACAGUACUUUGCCUAUGUAGCUGGAUAACUCUCUGUUGUUAAAGCUUUCAAAACACACGCCUGCUUCUCCUUGCUCUGAUGCUAUGCCCAUGUAGAACUGAAGCCCAGAUCUUUUGGUAACAUAUCUGUGUGAUCACUAUUAAUUGAGGAUUUUUAUCAUAACGGAUUGUAAAAACACUUGUGUUUGUGUAAUAUCCAAAUACCUCAAUGACUGAAUAAGAUCAAAGAUAAAAUCCUGAGUCUUACAUUCCUGUGUGAAUAUAUUUAAUUCUUUCUGCAAGCUAUCAAAACCCAACUGCAAUUAGAAAAACCUUUUCAGUUGGGCAGUAAAAAAUGCAUUUAAGUGGGAUAUAUGAUUCUGGGCUUACUCUGUUGCCUGUAAUUAUCCAAUAUUCACAGAUCUCAUUGCAGGUGAGAGUGAGAGUUUCCACUUUGAAGUACUUCCAUAAACCUCACUUUGUGCCUUGAAAUUCUAAAUCCAUUAAUGGAAGGGAAAUUAUAAGAAUAAUAUUAGUGAAUAUACCAAAGCAAAGGGAAAAUUACAUGGCUAUUGUGUGCUGCUUCAGCUGCUGCUUUUGUAUAAGCCCCCUAGAAGAGAAAUAGUUCUAGGAGGAUGAGGGAGAAAAACAGUUCCAGGUUUGGAUCCAAUGCAGAAAACAUUCUAUGAGAUGUCAAUGUUAUUACAGAGACAAAAAUGUUAUCCUGUCGAGAUGUUAUCUGCUACCGCCUUGAAAGGUCAUCAUGAAAAGGAUUGUAUUAUAUAAUAAAGCAACGUGAAGAACUGAACACGGCAUUUCGUUGCUGUGUGGAUUUUCUUCAGUGAGAUAAGCCAAGCUUAAAGAAUUGUAUAAAAUAUGGCAUUUGAAAUAUAUUCCUUGCCAGUUAUUAUUAUCCAUUGGUUAAAUACUGAAAAUAGCCAAUAAAUCAUAACAAGUGGAGAACCUCUGAGGACUUGUGGGUUGGGGUGUGUCACCUCCUGGCAGUGCCUGCAGGCGCUCCCUUUCCUUUCUCUCCAACCCACCUACCUAGUGCUUUUUGUCUUUCCUAUCAUC